CCUUCUCUCCUCUGGGGUCAGUCGAGUUGGAGGAGCGGAGAAGCGAUGGCGGUACGCGCAUAGACUUUACCAAGCAAAGUUUAAGCUGCUCCAAAAAAAAAAAGUCUUUGGAUCUACGCGAGAGGGGGAAACGCCGUUUUUGUAACGCUGGUGAAUGAGCGAAGUGCGCGCCAGACUGACUCCGCUGAGCGUUUCCUUUCGCUCGCGCGUGACGAGUCCUUGGCGACGGCGGAAUUUCGGGAGCCGCGGUUAAUAGUUAGUGAAGUUCGGAGAGAGAGCUAACGCGUUAGCACGGCUCUUUAGCCUGCUCGCGUAAAGUGCUUCAACUAGCCGGAGACGGUCUCUGUGGAGGUUCUGGACAUAUACGCGCUCGAGUUAAUUGGUGACUUAUCUUAGGUGGUGAAUUAAUCGCGUGUAUAUUUAGCUCGAUUCAUUCGCCCGGGAUGAGCAGGUACUUUGCACCUGUAGCCUCACGGCUUGAAAACUUUCCCGGUUAGGUAUGUUGUUUACCGUCAUCUUUUACGAAGAUUAUAUUCUUUUGGACAUCUGGUUGCGCUUCAAUCGCUAGACCGAUAAUGUAGCGUUCACUCUCAAAAGUAAUGUUAAAAAGAGUUAGCGUCGCGAGUGUUCCGGCUAACGCUGAUGUCCCUGCUUCAGAGACGCUUCGCUCUCCCAGACUGGUUAUCUGGCUUACGUGGAAACAAAGCAAUGCGUCCCUUAACCUCUAUUAAGCCGGAUUUAACCUGACCGACUCUCCAUUAAUGGUAUAAAGUGACCUGACUGGGGUUCUUGGGAACUUUUUUGUGUGUAUGUGUCAUUGAGGAAUACGCCUACAAGACUAGUUUACUUUGAUUUGACAUCACGGCACCCUAUGGUGCUCCUGCAGGCACCGAGACAUGGAUGUUCCCCAGGCCGUUUUCCCAAACGGUGAGGGGCGCCUGAGCCUCCAAGACCAUGUCUGGACGGAGUCCUCCGGCUCGGGGGCUUGGGCUCACUCUGCGCCCGUGUGUCCCCGUUCGCUCUGGACCGCGGUGUUUGAUUACGAGGCCAGCGGGGAGGACGAGCUCAGCCUGCGGCGAGGAGACGUGGUGGAAGUCCUGUCCAAGGACGCUGCCAUCUCGGGAGACGAAGGCUGGUGGACUGGUAAAAUUAACCAUCGCGUGGGCAUCUUCCCGUCUAAUUAUGUUACUUACCAACCGGCCAUUUACAGGGCGGUGGGGGCUCGCGAGAGCGACCCUUCCGCUCCCGUUCGAAUACCGUUUUCUGAACUUGUCCUGCAAGAAAUCAUCGGCGUUGGUGGGUUUGGCAAAGUCUACCGGGGGACCUGGAAAGACCAGGAGGUCGCGGUGAAGGCAGCUCGACAGGACCCCGACGAGGACAUUAAAGCGACUGCAGACAGUGUUAAGCAAGAAGCCAAACUUUUCUCCAUGCUUCAGCAUCCUAAUAUUAUUAAACUGGAGGGGGUGUGUUUGGAGGAGCCUAAUUUGUGUUUGGUUAUGGAAUAUGCCCGAGGAGGGACCCUGAACCGCGCUUUGACGGGCAGGAGGAUCCCCCCUCACAUCCUCGUGAACUGGGCCGUCCAGAUCGCCAGAGGCAUGCAGUAUCUCCACGAGGAGGCUGUGGUUCCCAUUAUUCACCGAGACCUCAAGUCCAGCAACAUUUUAUUACUUGAAAAAAUUGAGAAUGAUGACAUUGGUCGAAAAACACUGAAGAUUACUGACUUUGGCCUGGCCCGUGAGUGGCAUAAAACGACCAAAAUGAGUGCAGCUGGCACUUAUUCCUGGAUGGCUCCUGAGGUCAUCAAGUCCUCUCUGUUUUCCAAAGGGAGUGAUGUCUGGAGCUACGGAGUCCUCCUUUGGGAAUUACUGACUGGAGAGGUUCCUUACCGUGGCAUUGACGGUUUGGCAGUUGCAUAUGGAGUGGCUGUCAACAAAUUAACCCUUCCCAUUCCAUCUACUUGUCCUGAACCUUUUGCUAAGCUCAUGGAGGAAUGCUGGGAGCAGGAUCCACACAUCCGUCCGUCUUUUGCAUCCAUCUUGGAGCAGCUGACUGCUAUAGAAGAGGCGGUGAUGGCCACCAUGCCACAGGACUCCUUCCACUCCAUGCAGGAGGACUGGAGAAUAGAGAUCCAAGAGAUGUUUGAUGAGCUACGCACUAAAGAAAAGGAGCUCCGUUCACGUGAGGAGGAGCUGACGCGAGCAGCCCUUCAGCAGAAGUCUCAUGAAGAGCUGUUGAAGAGAAGGGAACAGCAGCUGGCUGAGCGGGAAAUUAAUGUGCUUGAGCGUGAGCUCAACAUCCUCAUAUUCCAACUCAACAAGGACAAGCCCAAUGUUAAGAAACGAAAGGGCAAGUUCAAACGCAGCCGCCUCAAACUCAAAGAUGGCAACCGCAUCAGCUUACCCUCAGAUUUUCAGCAUAAAAUCACGGUUCAGGCCUCUCCGACUAUGGACAAGAGAAGAAGCCUCAACAGCAACAACUCCAGCCCUCCCAGCAGCCCUACACUGAUCCCUCGCCUCAGAGCCAUUCAGUUGAGCCACCCAAGUGACACUAGCCGAAGGGGCAGUAUGUUUGUGUAUCACCAGGAUGUGGAUAUCACAAGCGAGUGUAAACCACCUAGCGGGUUUAGGAAGAAAGUGACCUUGGAUGAGAGCAAUAGGACAUGGGGUCGAAGCACCAAUUACAAACCUGAGGAGUUUGAAGAUGUUAAGAAAGGGUUUAAGAAGAAGGGCCGCACAUGGGGGCCAAGCUCUGUGCAGACCAAGGAAAGAGGAAAUUGUGCUGAAAGAAUUCGACCUCUUUCAGAUGGAAGCAGUCCCUGGUCCACUAGUCUUAUGAAGUCCCAGAAAUCUGUUCCAUUGGCUGCAUUAUUUGCAGAACAAGGAAGCAAAAAAGAUGAGGUGUGCUCUGCUGAUGGAUCUGAAAACAAACCAAAGCAACUCAAGUUCCCCAACCAGGUGUAUAUUGAUCUACCUCUGUGGAAGGAUGAGCAGGGGGAGUGCCAGGGGCCGGCUGGUGGAGGUGAGAGCCAGGAGGACCCAGCAACCUCCACCAGUUCCACCAGCACCACGCCGCAGCACACACCCACCAACAGCCUGAAGCGUAGCACCACGCGCCGGCGCACAGACACUGUUCUCUAUGGCUGCGCCUCCAUCCUGGCUUCCGUGGCCUUCGGCUUCGACCUGCGGGAGGUUUGUAAAGGUGCUGCUAAUGAGGAGCCAGAGCCACGUGAGGAGAAGAAAAAGCGCGAGGGCCUGUUUCAGCGCGCCACUCGCUUCCGUCGAAGCACCAGCCCCCCCGGUGGGCGCUCGCGCAAGGAUGAGGUUACCCCAGGACCCGUAAACCUGCUCGCCAUGUCAUCGAUUUCUGAGUGCAACUCCACUAAGUGCCUCCUGCAGUCAGAUUUUGAGGGGUCUAGGUAUAACCUAGUGAACGAGUCUCCGGCUAGCCAUUCCCAGACACAUCAGAAUAUAGGCACUAGUGACGGCCCUCUCUCAGCCCCUCUACAAGAUCAUACUUCUGGAUCCAGCUCUCGGCUUAGGAGAAAGAAGUCCAGCCCUGCUGUGUGUCAGACCAUUAAUGGCAGCAGUAGCUCCCAGCCUAGUCCUGCUGAUUUCUCUACCACUUCCCUGAAGAAGAAGGCUGACAGAGAGCCUGCUCAGGAGAAGCAAGCCUCCAAGGAAUCAGCAUCUAGACCCAGGCCGCUUUCCCUGAGAAGCAAACCUCACUCCUGGGGUCUUCUAAAGAGCCGCAAUAAGAGCUAUUCUCUCGGGCACUACUCUGGGGAAAAGAGUGCCCAAAAUUUGGACAUGGUCCUCCCCUCAGAGGUCAAAAUGGGCUGCUCUUUGCUGGAUAUGGACACAGAGGGUCAAAAACGAGACUGCACAGUUCCCCUCUGUCGAAUACAGAGCACACCAAGCCGACCGUCUGUCUUUGAACUGGAGAAAGAGUUUUUAUCCUGAAAAUAAGCUGCAUCUGGAACAGUCUUUUUUCUGUCUUGAAUCUGUCUGUUCAACAUGACGUUUAGUUGUUGUUGUUUUUUUCCCCAAGAUUAACAUCAUGGCCUUUGAUCUAUAUUUGAGCCAUUGCUGCUGGAGAUGUUCUGUGGUACUUUUAUUUAUAUGCUGUUUACUUUGAUAUGUAAUUUAAUAUGAAGUGACAUAUAUGAAGUGAAUGAUCAACAUUCCACUGGAUUUACAGUAGAAUUGCUGGUUUAUAGUUUUUACAAAGUGACUUGAUUUGUGAACCUUUUACACUGAUGAACAAGAUCGCAGAUUCUGUAAGAAACUACUGAUUUUUAAAGUGUUCAGGCAUUUGAUUUCAUAUCACGUAAUGUCAUAUGAAAGGCAUAAACAGGGCCCACAGUGUUUAUAUAAAUAAUAGUUGUACAGAUGAAGUGGCAUAGCUAAUGUGAUUGACCAAACAUAGCUCUUUAUAUUUCCUGUACUAAUACAUUACAUUUUCAGGGUUUUAGCUCUCUUAUAUUUGAAAUAGAUUUCUACUACUUGUUUGUUUUUUUUUUACGUAUUAUUUGCCUAAAGUUAUAUUGGAAAAGAACCUCAUGGACUCUCUUCUUUUUUAGCUCUAAGUCAGAUGCAUGUUAUCUAACUAUGCUUUUUAGAGGUAUACACAUGCCUGUAGCUUUUUAGAUUGCAUAACCCAAAUGGGAAGCAAAAAUAUAUAGAUAUUGCAUUAUGCUGCCAAAUAGUGAUAAAUGAAUUAACUAACUACUAGUUAGUUAGUCUAUCAAUAUUGCUGUUAUUUACAAAUCAUUCCACUCUAUACGAUACCUAAAAAUGAAUUGAACCGAUAGAUUCAUCAAGCACCCGAAUGCUACGUGAAACUGUUAACGACUGAGUGGCUUGAUUUUUAAGCUGCGGUAGGUUCACAAAAAAAAUGAAUGCAGAAUGUUUAGAGUUAUAGCUGAUCAUAUAAUCGUUCAAUCAGGAUUUGGUGCUUGAACUGUGUGCGACCGAUUUAAUCAGUUUCUGCAAAACCCAAAUGCUUUUUUUUUUUUUUUUUUUUUAAACCGUCAUUAUAUUCGAACUGUUUUAUCAAUCAUUACCCUUUGUAAAAGACUGAGUUAUUAACUUGUUCAUUGUCUAUCGCGGACAUAAGUGGUUCAGUGUCAUGCUUUUUCCGUUUUCUCUGUGUGUCGCUUAAAAUGUUUUGUAUCUGUGGAGACUGAUCUGAUUCGUUAUUUUGAGGUUAUAGGCUGUCAAAUGGAAGAGUGCCGUGCUCUUAGUUUGUCGGUGAAGAUGCGUUUGAGAAACAACUCAGUAUUGAAAAGCUUGCUGUAGUAAAGAUUAGAAUUAUUUACUGUAAUUACAUCAGCAUAAAUGUACCUUUUGUUCAGAACUAAUCGGAGGUUUUCUCACUGACUCCUGCUCAAAAACACCCAUUAUGUGGUGCUGUUUUGAAGAAAGAAGAACAAAAUAUGUUUUGUAGCACUGGGAUUUUCGAGUCACGAUGAUCGUUCAUUACACGUAUGAUGUUACUGUAUCGAGGCAGAAUGAUUACUUUUAGUUUAGGUAGACAACUGCACAUUACGAUUCAUGAGAACAAAGGACUUGGAGAGACAUUGUGGUGCCUCCCUUUUUAUGUCUUGCAAUGAUCAUUACUAGAUGAAGUAAUAACGUGAUGCCUGUUUUUAAGGAAUUCGUCUGGUGUUAUUGUUUAAGCACAAUCAUUGCUCCCGUCGUGGGAGAACUGCAGAGAUCAAACUUUUAAAGCGUUUUUUUUUUUUUUUUUUUUUUUUUCCAAACGUGAAGGACCCGGGUGUGGGAGUGACCGAAAACAGGAAGAUUUACGUUUUCACCAAAGCUGAAGUCUUGGAUUGUGAAACGGUUUCGUGAAAAGAUUGUUACAUGGUACACAUGCACUGCCGAUAGUUUCGCUGGUUUUGCUCUUUAGCGUAUGUUUGUAUUGAGCUUUGUUUUAUCCGAUGUUUUACUACCCAUGUGACCGAUUUAAUGUUAAAAGCUGUUCUGUUCGGAUGUGGACUGGUUAAUUGCUCCAGGAGGGCUCAAAAAAAAAAAAAAGAAAAAAAAAAGGGCUGAGCCCAGAAUCAUCUCAUUUAUAUCAAAUUCUACUAUUUUGCUGUACACAAGUGACCAAUAAAUACUUUAUACAACAUUUAAA